AUGACUGCCACUGUUGCCCAAGUUUCUGGGGGGAAAUUCGACUACAUUAUAAUUGGCGGUGGUACUGCAGGCCUCGCUCUGGCUAAUCGUCUGUCAGAAGAUCCCUCUCUUUCCGUCCUCGUCCUCGAGGCCGGGGCCGCUAAUCUGGACGACAGUACUAUCUUGGUCCCUGGACCUGGGAACCGAAGGAAAUUGCUCAACAAUCCCAAAUAUGACUGGCAAUUCAAGACAAUCGCUCAACCCCAUUCGAAUAAUCGUUCCUAUGCUUGGUCACGUGGCAAGGGACUCGGCGGUAGCUCCGCUAUCAAUGUGCUACUAUGGAACAAGCCCUCCCGGGACUAUUUGCAAGCUUUCGAGGAUCUUGGGAAUCCCGGAUGGAACUGGGAAGUGUUUGAAAAAUAUUCGAAAAGAGCUGAACGAUUCGUAAAGCCUGAUCACGACCUCGACAUUCUGACCUAUGAUAUGGCAUAUCGCGGGGAUUCAGGCAAGCUUACGCCAGCACUGCCCAGCCGAACUCUUUCUGAUUUCCGUCUCAGGCCUAUGGCUGAGGCUCUGGAAAAGCAUGGAAUAACUCACGUUACCGACUCCUCAUCCGGUUUCACUAAUGGAUCGACGUCCACCGCAUUGACACUCCAUCCUGACACGCACCAACGGUCGUAUGCAGCCAAUAUGUAUUACGUGCCCGUCGCGUCGCGCCAAAAUCUAGCGGUUCUAGUCAAUGCACAUGUAACCAAGAUAAAUUCUCGGUCCAGCGCUGAUGGCACUAUAACAGCUGUUGGCGUGGAAUUUCUGCAUGCGGGUGUACCACAGCAGGUUGUCUGUAUGAAAGAGGUCUGCCUCUGCGCAGGGGCCGUCAUGUCUCCUCAGAUCCUGGAGCUGUCCGGCAUCGGAGACCCUGACGUCCUUCAGAAAGCUGGCAUUGAUCUGAAGGUGGUGUUACCUGGUGUCGGGGGAAAUGUACAAGAACACCUGUUUGCACCCCUCUUUUACGAAUUGCGAAAGUACAGCCACGAUGGGUGGAAUUUUAAUACGUACGAUCCACUCUACGACCCUCAAGAGGCUAUGAAGCAGCUUGCACUGCUUCCCGAGGGAAAGGGUCUCUUCAAUUUGUGUACCACCGGACUCACCUUCGUCCCUCUAAACACGAUUUGUGCCGACACGACGACGAUACAGAAGACGGUAUCCGAGACGAUCCUCGCAGGUAUCGCGCAAAAUGUGUACCCGCCAGGUCUGCGAAAGCAGUACACAAUUCAACUCAAACACCUUGAGCAGCAGGUACCUAGUCUCGAAUUAAUUCUUGGUCCCGGCAUAAUGAUACCGCCUGCCAACCCCGACCCCACCAGGAAACACAUCACCCUCGGCUUCGGCCUCAACAGCCCCUUCUCUCGAGGCACCAUCCACGUCGGGUCCAGCGACCCGCUGGUACCACCCGUCAUCGACCCGCACGUAUUCGAAGAAUCAUACGGCGAGUACCUCACGACUAUGGUUGAACUUGUCAAAUUUCUCCGCCGCCUGGCGAAGACCGAGCCACUGAAGAGCCUCCUCGUUGAGACGGAGGUCAGCCCCGGUCCACAGGUCGAAUCAGAUGAGCAAAUUGCCGAGUGGAUCAAGAACAACGUCAGCACCACUUUCCACACCGUGGGGUCAUGCUCGAUGCUGCCCGAGGAAGACGGCGGUGUUGUCGACCCGCAACUCAGAGUACUCCCUUCUGUCUAUCACACAACGAACAUCCGCGUCGUGGACCUGUCCAUCGCGCCCCUGCAGAUCGGUGCGCACCCCCAAGCGAUGGUCUAUGCAAUCGCGGAGCAAGCCGCGGACAUCAUCAAAGGAGUGGCCGCUUGA